AUGCGCCAGUGCCCCUUGCUUGCCCUGUCGCCUCUGGGCCGCCUUAACUGCACCAACGUCUUCACUCUCAUCAUUUCUCCUUCCCCCUCCCCUCUUCCCCCUCCCCUCUUCCCCCUCCCCUCUUCCCCCUCCCCUCUUCCCCCUCCCCUCUUCCCCCUCCCCUCUUCCCCCUCCCCUCUUCCCCCUCCCCUCUUCCCCCUCCCCUCUUCCCCCUCCCCUCUUCCCCCUCCCCUCUUCCCCCUCCCCUCUUCCCCCUCCCCUCUUCCCCCUCUACCUUCCACGUUCUCGCCUCCCCCCUAUCCCCUCUCCCCUCCCUCAUCUCCCGUCUCCCACACCUCCUCCCCCCUCUCCCCUCUCCUCCCCAUGCCCUAUCCCCUCCUCCCCGUUCCUCCCACGUGCGCGCUUCUCCUUCUCUGCGUGGGCGAGCACAGCCUACUGGGCACGCUCCCGCGGGACCUGCAGCACGACUUCCUGCCGUGA